UUGAUGGAAAAAAACAAAUAGAACAACUUUGAUUCUAACACAGUAACAAGUUCGAAUUUCUCUUUUUUUUUCGUAGAUUCGGAUUUUCGGAGUUUCAAUAGAAUCAAAUUUUUUUUUCUUUCAGUUAAUUAAUUGAUUAACUGACGAUGGAAACUUGGAAUGAAUCGUAUUUGAAUCCAUGUGUUAAUGAGGUUCAUCGAUAUCUUCCCAAGUCCAAUAUUUUCGAUGACUGUUUACCCGAUUCUGGUGGUGAUCCAGGUCGGAUUUACAUGGAGCGACCUGAGGAUAUGCUUGAUCCAAGUCAAAUUAAUCCAGCUUUUCUACCGAUCAUAAUAACCCAUGCGAUCACAUUUAUCAUCGGAAUCGCUGGAAACAUUGUCGUCAUUCUUACCUGGGCAGGUAGAGGUAAAUUAAGAUCACCAACUACGGCGUUUCUUGUGUCACUCGCUGUCGCAGAUUUGUUACUAUUAAUUGUUUACGUUCCGUUGGAAACGCUUGAAUACUUUGCAGUCACAUGGGACGUCGGAGGUUCAGUUUGUAAACUAAGUUCGUACGUUGAAAUGCUAUGUGGUAUAUCGUCUGUCCUUAAUUUGGUCGCUGUUUCAAUUGAAAGAUUUUUAGUGAUAGUUUAUCCAAUCAAAGCACGAAGAUUAUGCACUUUAAGUACAAGUCGUCGUGGUCUUUUACUUGUAUGGUCACUGGCGGUCAUUCUUGCCCUUCCCGUUGUAUUUACCAAGAGGAUUUAUCCAAUAACUUAUUAUAACAAUCAUACUUCAGAAACUGCUUAUUAUUGUUGGGAUUCUGAUGAUGGUUGGGCUACUUUCAUUGCUAUCUAUCAAUUACUUGCAAUGUUUGCAAUUCCGGGAGUUUUAAUGGUUAUCUGUUACUUUUGUGUUAUCCAAGAACUCUGGGUUAGCACUCGAACCAUGGCCUCGAUGACCAAAAAUUUGUCCACAUCUUUAACCGGCCCAUCAUCAAGUACAACUAAUUCCAAUAGUAACAACACUUCAACAACUACGAUAGCAACAUCAGCCAUGGGGAAUACAACGGUAAUCACCACACCGAUCAACACCAAUCCAAGUUCAGUUGGAUCGAAUAGUUUUCGCUCUGAUUAUCAGAUUAGAUGGCCUUCCAAUAAACAUGAGAAAAUAGUGUAUCCCAAAUCACAUUCCCAUGGAUUUCACAUUAGACAAGCUAGAAAACAGGUUAUCAAGAUGCUAAUUUUUGUUGUACUCAUUUUCCUAUUCUGUUGGGGACCUCGACUUAUAAUUAACGUGGUAAUUAAAUUUGGCCUUCAAGAUUAUAAUCAAACAAUUUAUUCAGCUCGAGUUACCUGUUACCUUUUAUCGUUUAUCCAUUCGGCUCUUAAUCCAUUUAUUUACGGAUUUAUGUCAACCAAUUUUCGUAAGAUGAUGUGCUCAUCAUGUUCACACACUGGACAUGGUCAAACAUCACAAUCAGUUAAUUAUGUUAACAAUAAUACUGGAAGCUGUUCACUUGCAAGUGAUCAUCAUCAUCAUCAUAUAAUUGGCUGUGUUCGUGAAUCAAUUGAAAGUGGUAUCGGUUUAAAUCUUACAGCCAAUGAAACAAAAUCAAUCAAUUUACUUAAUCAUCAUCAUCUCCAGCCCAAUUUACCUCAUUAUGGUUCAAUAUUAACAAGUGACAUUAUAUUGGAUGGUAAUAACAAUAGCCCCGGGCUAAAGGAUCAACUUGAUUUGACCAAUACUUCAUAUACACCAAUUAACAUUCAUCUAAAUUCAAUGGUUAAAAAUAAACUUGAUUCAAUAUCAAUGGAGACAGAAAUUUUAUGAAUUUGUCCAAAAUAACAAUAAUAAUUAAACAACAAUCAAGUCACAAUUUGUAUAAAUAUUUUCCAAACAAUACUAAUGGUCAGUUGGUCAGUUUCGUCUCUGUGCCUACCAUCAAUAGCCCACAAUCAAUAUCAUAAAUGGAUGAAUCUUAAACUGAAUUUGCUUUUUUAAUCCACUUUGUAAUCUCACUUAAUCAGCUAAUCUAAACAACCAAAGGUAAACAGUUAACUUGAUUGUUUGUUUAUCAACAAAAAACGGAACAGGAAAUGAUGACAGUUAACCUUUCAAAGAUAAUUAAAAGUGAUAAUAAUAAUCAACGAAGCAAUUUUAAUCAGUCUGAUAAUCAAUUCGUAUGAAAUCAAAAUAUCAAUUAAUGAUUUUAUCAAAUGAAAACAAAUUGAUUGUCAUCAUCCAAAUGAUUUAAUAUUUUUACUCAAUGUAUUAAUAAAUUUAAUGAAAAUCAACUGAUUAUUGUUAAAAUCUUAAUUUGAUAUUAUACAAACUAAUUAAUUGUAGACAUUGAUGAAUGAAAAUUGUAAUUAUAAUGUAAAAACAGUAAACCGAAUUAAAGGAAA